AUGGGCUCCCGCGACAGUGGCGUCGGCAACACGCCAGUUCCAAUUGUCGACUUUGGACCUUUCUACACGGGCGAUGGGGACGCGAAGCGGGCCGUGGCCAAGCAACUCGACAACGCGCUGUCGACGGUGGGUUUCGUCUAUCUCAAGAACCACGGUGUGCCGCAGGAGCGAGUGGAUGAGGCGUUCGCAUGGUCCAAAAAAUUCUUCGACCUCCCGACCAGCACCAAAAACCUCGCCCCACACCCGCCCGGCGGCUCGCACCACCGCGGCUACUCGGGCCUUGGCAUCGAAAAGGUCUCGCAGCACGUCUUCGACGAGGAGACCAUCUCGGCGCUCCGGCAGGUGCCCGACGUCAAGGAGAGCUACGAGACGGGCAACGUGACGGACACGCGCCAGCCCAACAUCUGGCUGCCGGACGACAAGCUGCCGGGCUUCCGCGCCUUCAUGGAGAGCUUCUUCAUCGACUGCGACGGCAUGAUUCACACGCUGCUGCGCGCCCUGGCCCUAUCGCUCUCACUGCCCACCGAGGACUAUCUCUCCGCCGCGCAUUCGCGCUCGCCGUUCCAGCUGCGCCUGCUGCACUACCCGCCGGUGCCGCUGAGGGCGCUGGCCGGAAGUCAGGGGGAGGAGGACGGGGAGGGAAAGGCGACGGCAUCCCGCAUCGGCGCCCACUCGGACUUUGGCUCGUUGACCAUUCUGUUCCAGGACGCUGUUGGCGGGCUCGAGGUUGAAGAUCCGCACCAGCAAGGCUCGUUCCGCCCCGCGCCGCCGGUCGAGGGAACGUUGCUGGUUAAUGUGGGCGAUCUUUUAGAGCGCUGGAGCAACGGGAGGUGGCGUAGUACGGUGCAUCGGGUUGGAGCGCCACCCGUGGAGCGGUUGCGGGAGGCUGGAGCGGUGGUAGAGGGUGCUGGUGGGAGGGAAGAGAUGUGUAAAGCGAGGUAUUCGAUCCCGUUUUUCAGCGCGCCGAAUGACGAUGCUGUCAUCGAGGCGCUGCCAGGGUGCUGGGAUGAGGGGGCAAAUCCGAAAAAGUAUGAGGCUGUGACGGCGGAGCAAUAUGUGACUAUGAGGAUGGAGGCGCUGUACUCGUCGUGA